AUGUCGCACGACGCAUCGCAGGCAGGAACACGUCUUGCAAAGGAGACCAAAACCAGCACGCAAGUGAUCGACACCGCAUGGCCACUCAUUAGGCUGCCCGCCACACCAGAGCAGCACAAAGAACCAACAACUCCGAAACGCAUAGCGAGGCGGGGAGAGCACGUUGUGAUGCACGAGCCUGCUCCGCUAUCUCCGCAGUUCCCUCCACUAGGUGUCCAGUUCGACGAAGAACGUCAGCCAGAGUGGUCACAGACUCGCAUGCCAUGGUUCGACCGGCGGGACGAUGCACCGUUCCGUAGACCGGGCCAGACGCCAUAUGCGCAAGUCAUGGCCUUCUCGACAGCUGCGCCCACUUCAUUUACACGUUCUGUUCGGUUAGGAUCUGGGCACAGCAGCGAGUACACAGAGGCAGCCUCCUGA